GCGCGCCCCGCACGGCGGCGUCUGCGGGCGGCGCUGCGGGCCACAGUGGGGUGGGAAAUGUCAGGCCGUCCCCGCCCCGCGCCCCGCGCCCCGCGCCGGGCGGGCUGAGGUGGGGUCGGUGCCCCGGCGGGCGCGGCGUAGGGGGAGGCGAUGGCGCCGGCGGCGUCGAAGCUGCGGGCCGAGGCCGGGCUCCAGGCGCUCCCGCGGCGGGCGCUCGCCCAGUACCUGCGCCUCCUGCAGCUCUACCCGGUGCUCACCAAGGCGGCCACCAGUGCCAUGUUGUCAGCACUUGGGAACUUCCUGGCCCAGAUAUUUGAGCAGCAGCAGAAAAAAGAAAACUGCUCUCAAAAGCUAGAUGUCAUUGGGCCUCUCAGAUAUGCCAUUUAUGGGUUCUUCUUCACAGGGCCACUGAGUCACCACUUCUACCUCUUCCUGGAGCACUGGAUCCCUCCCGAGGUCCCCUUGGCCGGGGUCAAGAGGCUCCUCCUGGACCGCCUCCUCUUUGCACCGGCCUUCCUGUUGGUGUUCUUCCUCGUCAUGAACUUCCUGGAGGGGAGGGACGCGGCCGCCUUCGCUGCCAAGAUGAGAAGAGGAUUCUGGCCGGCGCUGCAGAUGAACUGGCGAGUCUGGACCCCGGUGCAGUUUAUUAACAUCAACUACGUCCCUUUGCAGUUCCGGGUGCUUUUCGCCAAUCUGGUGGCUCUCUUCUGGUACACCUACCUGGCCUCUCUGAGGAAGUGAAGAUGGCCUGGAGAGAACGUGAGACACACUGCCGACAUGGGUCUGGGGGAAAUGCUCACCUGCCAAGAACGGGAGCGGAAACAACCCAGUCAGGACUUCAUUUGACUCUAGAUCAUGUGAUUCAAGAUGCUCUAAAAUGAUGGAGAAACAGAAACCUCUUAAUGUCAGAAUCUUGUGUUUUGAAAAGGCAAUAGCUCUCUUCAGGUAGUGCUGCCCCAGAAACAUAAAAUACGGUAGAGAUGAUUUCACUUGUCACCUUGGGUUGAAUUAGGAUCACAAUAAAUUUUAAAGCAGCUUUUUCAGUGGUGAUUUUCUCAGAACGAUUACUGUUGCUUUGGAAGAAAUGUAUGGUCAGAGGGCCGCGCUCAGAUUUUUUUUUCAGUUGUGGUAAAAUAUACAAUACUACUGCUUAGCUACAUGGAGGCAUAGCAGAAAGGCCCUUCUAGACCAAGACUUGCCCCUGUGUUCUGAGAGGCCGGGUGAUACAUAUAUGCCACCCUUCCUGCUGAUUUUUUCUGCUUCCUGUUGCUCCUUUACACGAACCCUGCCUACCCUGCUUUCUCACUCUUAAGCACGUUCCUUCCUCAUAGUGUCCCAUCCUUGCUUCAUGGACGCAAUAUCCCUUGGGAUCUCAAUUAUAUAUCUUUUGAAAUUUU